AUGAUUGAAUAACACAAAGAAGGCAAGUGUAUCCGCUAAACGUGUUCCUGCAGAUCAGCGGUCAGUUACUGUGAGAUCGUCCCGAAAAACUGCCAAAUCAUUUCUGUGUGGAAGAGGACGGGCAUCCAAUCGUCGGAUGAAGCGGAACACAUCAAUGAAUUUAUCCAUCAGCUCCACCACAGGCACCCGCUUCGAGCUCCGUGUCCCGCGGGAGGAGACGGUGGACGGUCUGAAGAGGAAACUUUCCCAGAAACUCCGAGUUAAUAAAGACAGACUGCUGCUGCUGCACAGAGACACGAGGUUGAGUUCGGGAAAACUGCAGGAUUUUGGCAUCCGUGACUGGAGCAAACUGACGCUGGUGCCCUCUGUGGAAGCUGGACAGAUGUCGUGGCGUCCAGAGCAGUCGAUCCUGCAGGCGCUGGAGAGUCUCACAGAUGUACAGGUCAGUGAUUUCCUGUCGGGGCGGUGCCCUCUGACCCUUGCCCUGCAAGUGGGGGAUCACAUGAUGUUUGUUCAACUGCAGCUGUCGGCUCAGCAGUCGCAGCAUCGCACGCCGUCCGUCUCUAGAGGUCCAUCACCUGCAGAUCAACUCUCACCCUGCAGCUCAACAGACUCACCACAGAGAGACCAGACCCACCCAGCCCCUCCCACACCUCCCUGCAGCCACGCCCACAGUGACAAUAGUGCCACGCCCACCACAGGCUGCCUUCAGGCUGAAGGCAGCGAUCAGAGUCUCAAACCGGGUGCGAUCAUCGAGAGUCUGGUGAAUCACGCACCAGGAGUUUUCUCCGGAACAUUCUCCGGUACUUUAAACCCGAGCUGUCAGGACGGCAGUGGGCAUCCUCGCCGUGACAUCACCACUAUCCUGCAGAUUUUGAACGAUCUCUUGAGUGCCACGCGGCAUUACUCGAGCACCCCACCGACCAUCACACACCUGCGGUGCCAGACUCCAUGCCCACCGGCCUCACCCUGUUCUCCUCCACCCUCACCUACCUCAGACAGACCGCUGCACAUGCACCUGCGCAGACCGUCAGGCGAGCGUUUGCGGCGGACGGAAAACAAAGCCACUCGCUGUAAAGUGCAACAGCUGCAACUCUUACUGCAACAGCGACGACUGCGACGGAAAGCCAAGAGGGACACGCGUGGGCCAUACCACUGGUCGGCCAAUCGCAAGGCCGCACGUAGUCAUAGCAACGGCAGUCUGUCCAGCGACGGGUCCUUGGAUCUGGACUUUCAAGAGCCGGUCUGGAAACCCGACAUGCAGGCGGACAUGAGCUCGGAGUUUGUUGUGGCUUGAGUUGAUCGGAUGAAGGACGAGAUGACGGUCAGCUGGAAUAAACAAUAAAGACAUCGGUGGAAAUGUCGUGUUGUAACGCUGCUUGAACAGGAUCAGGGGCAUUAAUGACAUUCUGUGGACUCAACUGUGAAACACUUGGACUGUUUUUAUUCACGUCACUUCAGGAACUGGCUGUUAUAGCAUCACUUGUUAUAACAUAGUCCAGUAGAAAUAUCUCAACAUCCUUAAAACAAGAUAGACGAGAAGCAAAAGUGUAUAAGAGAGAAAUACUUGUUUUCAGAGAAUGUAACAUAGUUUCGUUUGUUAGCGUACAUCUUACAUCAUUAGUGAGAUUUAUGCUUAACAUAAAGGAAUAUUCCGGGCUGAGUUAAGCUCAAUCGACAGCAUUUGUGUCAUGUUCAGUACCACAAAAAUUAAUUUAGACUCGUCCCUGCUUUUAUUUAACCCCUUAUAGUCUGGGGCAUUUUUGGGCUGCCGUCCUCAAAUUUACACAGUUACAUUUAAAAGCUCACCAUUCACACAUACUGUGGGAUAAUUACAAAAAAAUUGUCUAAUUUUUCAAAUAAAAUAAAAAAGAUUCCAAUUGAUUAUAAACAAUAUUGUUUUUAAAAAUCUUUUGAUAAAAAAAAAAUGAUUAUCCUAACUUUGUAAACAACUCCCUUCAAAUAGUCUUACUUUAUUCCACUAGGUGGCAGUAAACACUAGAAUCUCUAUCACAUUCCAUCACAAUAUACAGAUGUGAACUGUAGGGGGCGCUCUAACACAUUCAGUCUAAUGUUCAGUUCAAGCAACACCCUCAAUAUUUCAUUGAAUAUCUCGGCCUCUGAGUGGACUACAAGCUCAAUCUAGGUGUCAUUAGAAAGCUGAGAUCCUCCCCUUUGUCAUGAUAUAUCAUUUUAUCAUCAAUAGUCAAAAACAUAUUUUCUGAUGAUUUGUUUAGACUGCAUAUUUUGUUCUGACAUCUAAAAUAUAACAUUGGAUUAGUCACACAAGCAAUCUCACACACAAGUAAACAAUGGCUCAUAUUUUAGAAAACUACCCAAGAUAAAAGCAGAUAUAAAGUUUUUAGUUAUUCAAGGUUUACAGCAUCAGUUAUCUGAGCAUAAAUGAAACGUUUGUAUUUGAUGACAUACAGAAAUCAUAUUUCACUUUGUGACUCUUUUGUAAAUCCUUUGAACUGUGAUAUUAAUGCAACUAAAUAAUCUAUACAGUCACAUUCCUGAGAAUGAGAGCUUUCAUUUGAUAUAUGAACUGUCCAUUUAUGUGCUAUGUUAAGGACUUUUAUUUUAUAUAUAAUAUUUCUACCACAUUACCACUUGGGGCGCUAAUUUACACCGCGAAUAUUUUGAGGCCUUAUUUAGUUAUUUAAAGUACCAUACAUGGAGAAGUGAUGAUUAUCUCUAGAAAGUUCAGAUUCUAAUCUUUCAAAUGACACCUCAUAUGCCUGACUUAUGUAUACAGAGACUUUAACGCUUUAAGCGCAAUCUUUUUCCAUAAAAUAGCGCCGCCCUAUAGAGUUUAAGGGGUUAAAAAAGCACAAAUGUGUGUUCCAGUGAGACACUUCCAAUGGAAGUCAAUGGGGUUUAAUCUGUUUCAAAAGUAUAAACACAAGACAUAAACAAUAUGUGUGUUAACAUGAUUUUACUGUCAUUAAAUCACUUAUUAACCACAUCUGUGUGAAGAUAUAGACAAUUUACAACUUUGUUGCCAUGACGACUGUAUAAAUGAUGAUUUAAUCAACUUUACGGCUCAAAUAACACACAAGUUUUAACAGAAGAAUUAAUGCAAGUGCUUUUAUAAAAUUAUAAACAUCACAUUUCUGACUUUAAACCCUGUAAUAAUGGCCCCCAUUGACUUCCAUUGUACAUGUGUCACUGGAACACACAUUUGUGCUUAUUAAAGAAAACGAGGGACGAGUCAAAAUACGUUUUUAUUGUAAUCAACUGACACAAAUACUGUUGAUUGAACUGAACUUGUAUUGAACCCGAAAUAUUCCUGUAAUUCAAGGUAUUAAGUUCAUACAUGUUUUAUUUAGAUAUUUUUACUGGAUGAUACGAAUGAAUCAAAGAAAUGAUUUUUUGCAGGUAAGUGUUUAUACACUGUUUAAAAUAUUCUCUGUAUACUUGUUACAGAAUGCAGUAUGUAGCAUUAUCACGUCAGUUUUGCGCGGUACGAGCAUUCAAAGUGCCGUCUGAGAUGUGAUCAGCAAAAUAUUAAACACAAACAAUAAACAUUGUUGUAUUCGCUGUUUCAGACGGUGAAUCUGAAAACACACGGCAAACUUAAGACUGUUUCAUGAACGCAUCAUAUAGAACACAAACGGGAUUCAAAACUAGAGAAGUUGUUUAUCGUCAUGUUGCUCCAUAUAAAGGAACAUCAGUCGAAAAAGAUCUUCAGAUUCAAUGUAGCACGAUCACACAACUGUUCAUUUACAACGUUAUCUGUUUUUAUGUGUGUGUGUGUGUGCUUUUUUUAUGUCACAUGUUUGAGAGUUUUGUACAUGUAAACUAGUGUUAAAAAAUAAAAAACAUGUAACUGAAUGGUAUUUUUUCAUAAGCAAUACAUUUUACUGUGCGAUAAGCUUUAAACAA